AUAGCGGAAGUUGACAAGGUUGAGUUUCAUUGAAUGUCAAUGUUCCAUCAAACUAUUACGAUGGUUAAUCAUCGCAGGACAAAAACGUGUCAAAAAAUGUUAACGAUAAAUUUAGCGGCCGUCAGCUCAUUGUGACGCUUUUAGCAAGCUACGUUUUAACGCCGCAGUUCCUUUCGGAUCAACACUGUUACCCAACUUGAUGCAACCUCUCGUCAUGUCGAAGAUGGCGAGGAGCCUCUCACGACUACUGACGAGCUGCCAGCGCUUUGCUUCACUUCCAUCGGCGUAUGCUCACCUCUGCCAUUCAUCUACCACCUUGCCAUUCAGAAGCAGCUUUGUGCGGACCAUGGGGGCACUGCCAUUUUCUUUUCCCCCGAAGCCUCGAGACUUCAGCCUGCCCAACUCGGCAUGGAGUGCGGAAAUGACUCGCUUGUAUAACUUUUACAACAACCAGUGUGAAGUGGAAAAUGAAUCUGGAGAGAAACAGAAGGGACCCUGGACGAGACUGCCCAGCUACAAUCGCACCCUCAAGUACGCCACAGGAGGAGCCUAUCUCAGCAAGUUCAUCCAGUCCAAAAAUCGACUUUUUACUCGCAGCAUCAAAACCGCAGGAGCCGCAUUUGAGUAUGUGAUGUUUAUUAACAAAGAAGAGAAGAGGUGUGUCUGCAUUUUCCAGGCUGGACAUCUGCUGGAGGGCCCGCCCGGGCAUGUCCACGGGGGGGCGAUCGCCACUAUGAUUGACUCAGUCACCGGCGCUCUUGCAGCGUUCAUGUCUGGAGCAGUCAUGACUGCCAAUCUCACCAUCAAUUACCGCAGCCCCAUCCCGUUGGGAAGUACAGUGUUGCUCGACUCCUCCGUUGACAACAUGGAAGGAAGAAAAACGUUCAUUUCGUGUAAGGUCACCAGCACCGAUGGCUCCAAGCUGCACACUGAGGCAACAGCACUCUUCCUGGCUAUCAAAGUCAGCCAUUUAUUGGGAAUGUGACUCACAACCAACCACGUUGGAAGCCUUAAUGGUGUGCCUUGGAGUCCAGUGUUAUAUUCUUAAAGUUUAUUUAAAACAUUUAUUAUUUGCCAAGUUAUUUUAGUAACUUCUCAAUAUGGCAACACAGUCAAUGAGUGGUUUGCACUUCUGCCACACAGUUCCGAGUCUGUCGGAUGGUCAAAUCUGGGCCCAAAUGUGUCCAUGAAUGGAUGAAGGCAUGAGUCGAUGUCCGUAUAACGUAUUUCGGCAGUACUGUAAAGUAGGUUAUCAUUUGACUACCUCAUGUUUUACUAACACCAAUACUAAGCCUUAUUUAUAGAACGUUUUUUUUUUUUUUUUAACUAACUUUACAGCUACUCCCUUCAGUGAAUACCUGAAACUACACUAAGCCUUGCUUUCAGCUAUUUUAUGGAAAACACUAUUUUAAUUUUGUGCCAAUUUGUGAAUUCUGUGUUCCAAGAAACACAAGGGUUUCCAUCAUGUGUUUUUUUUCAGACUGCAGUUGUUAUUGCCCAAUUCACUGAGAUGCUUUGAAGUAUUUAUCAGUUACAAUGCUGACAUGACAUACACGCGUGUUCGCUCAUGUAGGAGCACGCAGUCAUGUGGUUUGUGUCUUUAAGGGCCCCUCACUCCUUAAACCUCAGUUAGAAAAGCAGCCUUGCUAUCUAUUAGUGGUUGCUUGUGUUUUUGCCUACGUGUGUGUGAAAACUCAUGUGGUCAAGUUUGUGGAAGUUUUUUCGGUUGAAACCUCUUUAUCACAGUCACGCAGAGCAGAAACAAAUAUUUUUGGUCACCUCUUUUGGUUCAACUGGGUGGUUUUGAAGUUUUCUGUCAGGAUGUGCUGCAUUAAAUACCGUUAAUUCGAGUAAUACUAAAGCUCAGUUUUUAUUGCCUCAAUGGCAAUAAUUUAAAUUUUUCACAAAGUAUUAUUGUGGUUGUUUUUAAUGGUGUCUAGUUGAAGGGGUCACAAACUUGGAGUAGCUCCAGUUACUCCCAGUAUGAUGCAAUGUAAUUUUACACCACUGCAAACUAAGAUAAUAAACAUCUUUCACAAAUAUA